ACACCCAAUACAUGGUUACUGAUAAAUUCAUUUAAAUUUUUAUUUUUCUGAAAAUAUACAUGGAUUUUAAUGAGUAUGAUAAUAUAAUUGACAAUAUUGAGGUAAAUAGCCCUGAGAGGCCAAAUACUGAUGAAAACUUUGCCAAUGAAGUGGAGUACGACGACGUUGUUGCCGAUAGCGACGACAGUAUGGGAAGUGAGAGGGCAUAUCCCCUGGAUAAAAAUAAGCUCAAAAAAUCUUCUAACGUAUUUUAUAAUCCAUCUACUCUAAAAAUGGGUAAAGUUAGAAAGUAUAAAUAUACUCUGAAAAAUAUCGGAAGCCUUUAUAUAGCAACUUGGACGCGCGAAGAAGGUGAAAAGGAUAACGAUUUGUCUAUAUCUUCUUCAAGCUUCAAGCGUGAAUACUCCAAACGUAAAAUCAAACAGUUUAAUUAUUAUCAAUAA